AUGUCGGUUCUGAAGGAUCACUACUAUCGUCUUUCCUCAGAAGUUCCUCAGGAACGAAUCGAGGCUGCUACUGCUCUCUUGUCUGAGUUGGCCCAGGUCAAUCUCAAGCCUGACUGGGACUAUGCUUUGAACAGAUUGGUCAAAGGGUUGAUCACCACCAAACAAAGUGCACGCUUUGGCUUUUCCAUGGCCUUGGUCGAAGUUGUCCGUGAGUUGAUCUACAGAAAAGAAGAGGAAUACGCGGACAUCUCCAUUUCUUCCUAUCUCAGUCUUGUCUUGCAUAACAGCCAGCUCAAGUCUUCCAUGAAGGGAAAGGAAGAAAGAUCAGUCCUUUUUGGGAGAUUGUUUGGUUUGCAAGUUUUGAUCAACUCGCAAGUUCUCCUUGAUCCAGAACUAAUCGCUGACGAGCAAAUUCUCUUCAAGUUCAUCCAUGCUCUUAUAGAGUUGUCGGGAUUGAAGUCGUGGUUGAGAGAAACAGCUAUUUUCACCUUGUGUCAAUUCAUAAGGUUAUUGAAUAGCGAAGAAUGCAAAUUGAAUGAUAACUUGAAGUCAAAGGUGUUGGUCCAGAUUCUCCAGGACGUCAACGACCAAGGUCUCAAUCUUUCAACAGAAGGUAUCGCAGUUUAUCUUUCUAUACCAAGGAGCCAGAGACAGCUACUUGCUGAAAAAGUCGUUUCUCCAACAGCGAACUGGAAACAUGGUGACCCAUUUGCAAAGGGUAACUUGCCUGUAUUAGCAAAAGCUCUUAAAGAUGUGGAAGUAGUAGACCCCGAAGACGACACCGGAGAAAAAAAGCAAAAUGGCAAGGGCAAGCAACAGAAGGGAAGUUGGUCUCCCAGAAUUCCAUUUGUAUGGGAUUUCAUAUUAGAGAACUUCAACGAAAGCAAUCCUUCUGUUUCUGAAACAGAGGAUGAAACCUCCAAUUCCAAAAAGAGAAAGAAGCACUCACACUCACAUUCCAAAAAGCAAAAGAUCGUGGACGACGAGUCCAGAAUCUCAAUGAAGGAAUUUUUCAAAGUAGUCAUUGAUGAGUCCUUCUUCUCAGAAAAAGCAUCUCAUGAAAGAAAGUACUGGGGUUUUGAAAUCUUUAUCAAGUUCUUUCAAAAUGUGCACCUGGGCCAAGUUCAAUAUCUCUUCUCUCCAAAUCUCAUGAGGUGUUUGAUCAACCAAAGCUCAAAGCAAGACCGAAUGUUGAAUAAGAUUUCAAUCAAGGUUCUCGAAUCUAUAAUCGAGGAAUCCAAGGUACAUCCUUUUAAGGCUCCAAUUGCAGUAUCAAACUUAACCAAUGAAUCCGUAGGAGGCUGUUGGAAUUUUGAUCUUGUUACCAAAUCCAAAACUGUAGAUAGCCUUCUAUCUUUAUUCGGUAAACAACCAGAAGAGUCUCAUGUUACUCAUCAUGAUAUAAUUUUAUUAGAAUUGAAAGACGUUUUGCAAUCAAAAUUCAAGGCAGCAUUGGAAUCACAAGAAACUGAUUCCGAAGAAUCUACUGAAUCGUUCAAGAAAUCAAACGAUAACAUAUUAAAAUGGUGUUUGGAUAAGUUGUUGCUUUUGAUUAGAGCUAACAGAAAUGUUACUGAAGACAAUGAUGUUGAAUUCGUAGAAGAUAUCAUCAAGUUGUUGAUAAAGUACUCAUUCUUUGUUCCGGUCAACUCCAAUAAAGUGUCUAUAAACAUUAGAAACAUUUGCCAGGAAAGACUCAACUCCAUUUUGUCAGACAUUAUCAACCAAAGAAGACCAGAUAAGAGCUCUUGGUCUGGUUACUGUGUUAAAUAUAUCACUAAGCUCGAAUCUUCGUCCAAAUAUCAAAAUUUGGUCGAAUUGGACGAAGAGUUGACUACUUUGAAAGCUGAAACGUUGGAUACCUUGGCUUCUAUUGAUGAGUUCGGUGGAAUGACACAAAACCCAGCCAAGAAAGACCAACUUUACUGUUUCGAAUUGAUGUUUUCGUUGGUCCUUGUUCAGCUAUAUAUGGGAGACGAAGAAACAGUUCAAGUUCUUAACGAAGUCAAGCUUUGUUACGAAGAUGUUUUCAUAGGCAGAGAAGAUGAACAAGAAGAAGUUGACACUUCGGUUGUUUUGACCGAUAUAAUCUUGUCUUUUGUUUCCAGAAAAUCUACCUUGUUGAAGAAGUUUGCAAAUAUUGUAUGGGAAUUUUUCUUGUGUGCAAAAGAUGAAACUACAGACAGAAUAAGAUUGAAUGAAGAUAGUUUGAAGUUGAUGUAUGACGUUUUAUACGCCAGAGAAAACAAACAGGGCCAGGCAGGAUUGUUUGAAGGAGACGGAGAAUUUGUUGAAGAAGGAAAAGACGGAGAGGGUUCUCAAGAUGAAAACAAAGAAGAUGAAGACGACGAAAAAGAAGAGGAAUCUGAUGAAGACGAGGAUGAAGACGAAGAUGAGGAUGAUGACAUACAAAAUGAGGAAGUAUCCAGAGAUGAUGCCUUGACGGAAUUGGAAAAAGAAACCAAUUUAAAGUUGGCAAAAGCAUUGGGAAUUCCUACCGAAGAAUCUGGAGAAGUGAAAUUCGACGAGUUGGAUUCUUCUGAAGAUGACAACUAUGAAUCUGACUCUAUGGACGAUGAACAGAUGAUGGCUAUGGAUGAUCAACUUUCAAAGAUUUUCAAAGAGAGACAAGAUGCCAUUUCUACUCUUCCUAGUGGUAACAAAAGAAAGGCCGAUGUUAUGGAAGCCAGAGAGCACAUGAUUUUCUUUAAGAAUAGAAUCUUGGACUUGCUUGAGUUGUUCAACAAGACCCAUCCCAACUCACUCUUGAACUUGACCACAAUCAAGCCAUUGGUUUCGUUAAUCAACUUAACUAUGGACAAGAAUCUCGGGGUUAAGGCUCAUAAAUUGUUGAAGACAAAGAUUAGCAAGACGAAGAUCAAUGACUUCGAAGUCUACUACGCCACAGAGGAAGAACAAAAGACUUACAAGGAUUCGCUUCUUGAUCUCAUCAAAGAAUUACAACACACCGCCAGUCACACGAAGUCAUCAAACCAGGCCCAUUCAUUGGCAUGUAGCCAAGCAUGUAUUACGUUGUCGAAGAAUUUAAUAAACUUGGAUAGAGCAUAUAUGGAGAAGGUUCUCGAUGUCUACUCUGUUUCAUUGAAGGAAUGGGCCAUGGAUUCCAACAACAAUCUUCUGUCGUCAUUCUUCUUUGAUUUUAUCAACUGGAUCAACGCCAAAAGAUAG